CCAAAAACCCUCGCACUCUUCUGUACUUGCUUUGGUGUCUGCUCGCCUCCUCUCCCUCGCUCCGACGGCCGUCACCACCAUGUCCCGCUCCAUCAUCUCCUGCCCCAUCACCACUGCCGCCAUCGCUCGAUACCCCAUUGCUUCGUUCCUUUCCAAGCGCUGCCUCCACCUAAGCUCCUCCUCCGCUCCCGCUUCCGCCGCCGCCGCCGCACGCCCGUUAGUCGGUAUUCGCCUUCUCCGCCCCUCUCCUACGUUACUUGGGCUGGCCGCGGUGGGAGUGACCUCCCGCAUUGGUGCGUUCCGAUCCAUGGCCCGCCGCGCUGGCGAUUCGGGUUACUCGCCCCUGAGUUCGGGCUCCCGUGGUGGUUCUGGUUUCAGCGACCGCCCGCCGACGGAGAUGGCGCCGCUGUUCCCCGGGUGCGACUACGAGCACUGGCUUAUCGUCAUCGACAAGCCUGGAGGCGAGGGGGCCACCAAGCAGCAGAUGAUCGAUUGCUACGUUCAAACCCUAGCCAAGGUCCUCGGCAGUGAGGAGGAAGCGAAGAAGAAAAUAUACAAUGUGUCUUGUGAGCGUUACUUUGGAUUUGGAUGUGAAAUUGAUGAGGAGACAUCCAACAAGCUCGAAGGUCUUCCUGGUGUUCUUUUUGUGCUUCCAGAUUCCUACGUCGAUGCUGAAAACAAGGAUUAUGGAGCUGAAUUAUUUCUGAAUGGAGAAAUAGUUCAAAGGCCUCCGGAGAGGCAGAGGAGGAUCGAUGCAGCCACCACCCAGAGAAAUGAUAGAGAUAGACCCAGAUAUAAUGACAGGACUCGUUAUGUUAGGCGGAGGGAGAGUCAGCGAUGAACUGCUCCUUGGUAGCAGCUAGAUAUUAGGCUGUAUACACUGGGAACCUAAGCACUCGUCCCAUAAUGGUAGCAUUAUGGUGUGAGAUGUUUGGUGAUGCCAUAUCUUGAUGCAAUUUUCUUCAUGGUGUUUUCUUCACCCUGGACGUGAUCAUGAUUGUUUGAUUUAAAUAAAGACUUUGGCCUCGUGUUGUAGGAUA